AUGUCGGACAUACUAGCGAUCGACUACUCCCUGAUGUCGUCCACGCUCUCGAAGGAGGAGAUCGGCUUGUUGCAGCAGUACCAGUCUCUGGCGGCCAACCUCACGGCAGUCAAGGCCAGACUCGAGGAGCUGAACGAGCAGAUCAGCACGGCGGACCCGCAGAACGUCGCCAACUUGGCGUCGCUGUCGACGGACCUGCAGAAGGCGCUGGGCGUGUUGAGCACGGUGUUCAAGUCCACGGUGCACAACGUGCUUCUGCACGUGGACUCGAACCAGCUGCUCGACGGGUCCGGCGCCAACUCGCUGAAGGACAGCGACAGCGUCGCCAUGGACUACAUGGAGGACGAGCACGCGGGCGGCGAGGGGAACGCCGAGGGCAGCGGCGGCAACGGUAACGGUAACAGCAGCAACGGCAACGGCAACAGCAACAACAACCCCAACGGCGCAGACGACGACGAAGACGUCGACCUCGGGUCCGGAAUCGACGAGGAGACCAUGGACGCCGUCGACAGAAUCCAGCACGAGCUGGCCAUGUCCGCGGACAUCCACCGCCAGAUCGCCGACCAGCUCGAAAUAAACAACCCGGACGACUACUAA